CGCUACUUCUUCGGAGGAGUGUGAUCUUGACUGGCCAUCAUUUGGAGUCAAUUCAGCUGCUGGAGAAAAACUGCAAGCCACAGAUUGGUGACUGAAACCAAGGGACUACAUUUCGCAAAGUUCUCUGACACGCAAAGAGCUGGUGGAGGUGAAUCAGAAAUAAGACAACAUGAGUGACCGUUUUGACUGUGGUGAGUGCAAGGAGUCCCUGUACGGACGCAAAUACAUUCAGGUGGAGGGCGUUUCCCACUGCAUCCCCUGCUAUGACCGCCUGUAUGCCAACACAUGUCAGGAGUGCAAGGAGCUCAUCGCACACAACGCACGGGAGCUGUUCUACGAGGACAGGCACUACCACGAACACUGUUUCCGUUGUUUGCGCUGUGACCGCUCGCUGGUGGACGAGCCCUUCACCAGCCAGGAGGAGGCGCUGCUGUGCAAUGACUGCUACCACAAUGAGUUCUCGUCCAAGUGUGUGGCCUGCGACAAGACCGUCAUGCCAGGCUCAAAGAAGUUGGAGUAUGGGGGCUCUGCGUGGCACGAGGACUGCUUUGUGUGCCAUGGCUGUGAGAAGCCCAUCGGUGGCCAGUCCUUCAUCCCCGACAAAGACGACUACUACUGUGUACCCUGCUACGAGGGCAGGUUCACCCCGCGAUGCAGCCUCUGCAAAAAGGCGCUGGCCACAGGAGGCGUCAGCUACAAAGAUGAGACGUGGCACAAGGAGUGUUUGGUGUGCAACGGCUGUAAGAGCCCACUGGCGGGCCAGCCCUUCACCUCCCAGGGGGACACGCCCUACUGCGUCAAGUGCUUCAGCAGCCUCUACGCACAGAAGUGUGCCUCCUGUAACUCGCCCAUCACAGGGUUUGGCGAGGGGAAGUACAUUUCUUUCCAGGAUCGGCAGUGGCACCAGCCCUGCUUCAAGUGCUCCCACUGCUCUGUCUCUCUGGUUGGAUCCGGCUUCUUCCCUGACCGGGACCAGAUCCUUUGCGGCGACUGCAACAACGACCAAGAAGACCAAUGAGAAUCACUUUCUCUGUCCUUCAACUGUGCUUGACCAAUCACAAAUGUACAGUUAUAGCUAUCCCGUUUGUAACACACAGCGGUGACAUGACCACAUUUAAGAAAGCCUCUAAACCUCAACCUAUAUUUAAUACUACAUCACCCUAAAUAUAUACAGUACCAGUCAAACAUUUGGACACACCUACUCAUUCAAGGGUUUUUCUUUAUUUUUACUAUUUUAUACAUUGUAGAAUAAUAGUGAAGACAUCAAAACUAUGAAAUAACACAUGGAAUAAAUAAAUCAAAAUAUUUCAUAUUUGAGAUUCUUCAAAGUAGCCACCCUUUUCCUUGAUGACAGCAUUGCACACUUGGCAUUCUCUCAACCAGCUUCAUUAGGAAUGCUUUUCCAACAGUCUUGAAGUUCCUACAUAUGCUGAGCUCUUGUUGGCUGCUUUUCCUUCACUCUCCGGUCCAACUCAUCCUAAACCAUCUCAAUUGGUUGAGGUCGAGUGAUUGUGGAGGCCAGGUCAUCUGAUGCAGCACUCCAUCACUCUCCUUCUUGGUCAAAUAGCCAUUACACAGCCUGGAGGUGUGUUUUGGGUCAUUGUCCUGUUGAAAAACAAACAAUUCUCCACUAAGCUCAAAUCAGAUGGGAUGGCAUAUCGCUGCAGAAUGCUGUGGUAGCCAUGCUGGUUAAGUGUGCCUUGAAUUCUAAAUAAAUCACACACAGUGUCACCAGCAAAGCACCAUCUCACCUCCUCCUCCAUGCUUCACUGUGGGAACCACACAUGCAGAGAUCAUCCGGUCACCUACUCUGCGUCUCACAAAGACACGGCGGUUGGAAACAUAAAUCUCAAAUUUGGACUCAUCAGUACCAAAGGACAGAUUUCCACCAGUCUAAUAUCCAUUGCUCGUGUUUCUUGGCCCAAUCACGUCUCUUCUUAUUAAUGGUGUCCUUUAGUAGUGGUUUCUUUGCAGCAAUUCGACCAUGAAGGCCUGAUUCACGCAGUCUCCUCUGAACAGUUGAUUUUGAGAUGUGUUUAUUACUUGAACUCUGUGAAGCAUUUAUUGGGCUACAAUUUAUGAGGCAGGUAACUCUAAUGAACUUAUCCUCUUGAGCAGAGUUAACUCUGGGUCUUCCUUUCCUGUGGCGGUCCUCAUGAGAGCCAGUUUCAUCAUAGCCCUUGAUGGUUUUUGCGACUGCACAUGAAACUUUCAAAUAUCUUGACAUUUUCCAAGUUUGAAUGACCAUGUCUUAAAGUAAUGAUAGACUGUUGUUUCUCUUUGCUUAUUUGAGCUGUUCUUGCGAUAAUAUGGACUUGGUCUUUUGCCAAAUAGGGCUAUUUUAACGGUUGUUUGAAGAAGAGGACCAAGGUGCAGCGUGGUACGCGUUCAUGAUUUUAAUAAAACUGAACACUAGAACAAAAAACAAAGCGGCACAAAUGAAACAGUUCUGUCUGGUGCAGACACACAAAACAGAAAAUAACUACCCACAAAACACAAGUGGGAAAAGGCUACCUAAGUAUGGUUCUCAAUCAGAGACAACGAUAGACAGCUGCCUCUGAUUGAGACCCACACCCGGCCAAACACACAGAAAUAGAAAACAUAGAACACAAAACAUAGAAUGCCCACCCCAACUCACGCCCUUACCAAACCAAAAUAGAGACGUAAAAAGGAUCUCGAAGGUCAGGGCGAGACAGCUAUCUUCUGUAUAUCACCCAUACCUUGUCACAGCACAACUGAUUGGCUGAAAUGCAUUAAGAAGGAUAGAAAUUCCACAAAUUAACUUUUAGCAAGGCACACGUUAAUUGAAAUGCAUUCCAGGUGACUACCUCAUGAAGCUGGUUGAGAGAAUGCCAAGAGUGUGUAAAGUUGUCAUCAAGACAAAGGGUGGAUACUUUGAAGAAUCUCAAAUGUAAAAUAUAUUUUGAUUUGUUUAACACUUUUUCUGGUUACUACAUGAUUCCAUAUGUGUUAUUUCAUAGUUUUGAUGUCUUCACUAUUAUUCUAUGUAAAAAAUAGUACAAAUUAAAAAAAAAAAAACUUGAAUGAGUAGGUGUCCAAACUUUUGACCUGUACUGUAUAUAUCUUAAAAUAUAUAAUACACAUUUUCUUCAGUGUUGCAUGUAUGUCUAUGUUGUUAAACUGAUUUUCAAGCAUAAAAAGCACAUUGAAAUAUUUUUUACCCCUUUUUCUUCCCAAUUUUGUGGUAUCCAAGUGGUAGUUACAGUCUUGUCUCAACACUGCAACUCCCGUACGGACUUGAGAGAGACGAAGGUCGAGAGCCGUGCGUCCUCCGAAACACAACCUAACCAAGCCGCACUGCUUCUUGACACAAUGCCCACAACCCAGAAGCCAGCCGCACCAAUGUGUCGGAGGAAACGCCGUACACCGGGGGACUGUGUCAGCGAGCACUUGUAAGAAUACAUGAACUAUUCGUAUCCUGAAGGAGCUUACAUAUUAAUGCAGCUGACCUGAGCUCUGCCGAAAUAUGGCAUUAAUGAUGCACACACAGUCUGAACUAAAUAGUGUCUUAACAGCUGUAUUUUAUUGCAGCUAUAUCAAAAAGUAUCAAUCAGUCAAUUAUAUUUCUUUAUUAUUUUAUCACUUUCUUUCCUCUGUUUGCUGUAUUGUAACCAGUAAUAUUACAACUCUAAACCAAUCCAGUAUGUACUGUAAUAAUAACCCUAUUGGGUCAGAAUACUGUGUCUGUAAAGGUGGGCCAAAAUAAACACUUUGUAAGGCUUC